UGAUCAUGUGACGGGGACUUGGAGCGAUUCAGAGUUUAGUGGCAAGAUGUCGGUGAUGGUGGAGCAGGCGGCGCUGGCCAAUGGACCUCACCUUGCAGCCCGGGAGCUUGCACUGGCGGCAGGGAGGAACUACAGCUCCCAGCCCAGGCUGACCUACAAGACAGUGUCUGGUGUUAAUGGGCCACUGGUGAUCUUGGACCAAGUAAAGUUUCCAAGGUAUGCAGAGAUUGUACAUCUGACCCUUCCUGAUGGAUCCAUCCGAAGUGGACAAGUUCUGGAAGUUAGUGGCAGUAAGGCUGUAGUCCAGGUGUUUGAGGGGACAUCAGGUAUUGAUGCAAAGAAAACAGCCUGCGAAUUUACAGGUGACAUACUUCGUACACCUGUGUCCGAGGAUAUGCUUGGUAGAGUGUUCAAUGGAUCAGGGAAACCCAUUGACAAGGGGCCAACAGUGUUGGCUGAAGAUUUUCUAGAUAUUAUGGGUCAGCCUAUAAAUCCACAGUGUCGUAUAUACCCGGAAGAAAUGAUCCAAACUGGAAUCUCGGCAAUAGAUGGUAUGAACAGUAUUGCUCGAGGACAGAAGAUUCCUAUAUUUUCUGCGGCAGGUUUGCCACAUAAUGAGAUUGCUGCCCAGAUCUGCCGUCAAGCAGGCCUAGUUCAAAAGUCCAAAGAUGUCAUGGAUUACAGUGCAGAGAAUUUUGCUAUUGUGUUUGCUGCUAUGGGUGUUAAUAUGGAAACUGCAAGAUUCUUCAAGUCUGAUUUUGAAGAAAAUGGAUCAAUGGACAACGUCUGUCUCUUUUUGAAUCUUGCAAAUGACCCAACCAUUGAACGCAUUAUUACACCUCGUCUUGCACUGACUACUGCAGAAUACCUGGCCUAUCAAUGUGAGAAGCAUGUGUUGGUUAUUUUAACAGACAUGAGCUCUUAUGCUGAGGCUUUGAGAGAGGUUUCAGCAGCUCGAGAAGAAGUACCUGGUCGUCGUGGUUUCCCUGGUUAUAUGUAUACUGAUUUGGCUACUAUUUAUGAACGAGCUGGACGGAUUGAGGGCAGAAAUGGGUCCAUCACACAGAUUCCUAUUCUUACUAUGCCCAAUGAUGAUAUUACUCACCCCAUUCCUGAUUUGACUGGAUAUAUCACAGAAGGUCAGGUCUAUGUUGAUCGCCAAUUACACAAUAGACAGAUCUAUCCACCUAUUAAUGUUUUACCAUCUCUAUCGCGAUUAAUGAAGUCUGCCAUUGGGGAAGGUAUGACACGGAAAGAUCAUCCUGAAGUCUCUAAUCAGCUGUAUGCUUGCUAUGCCAUUGGAAAAGAUGUCCAAGCCAUGAAGGCUGUGGUUGGUGAGGAAGCUCUCACGCCUGAUGACCUCUUAUAUUUAGAAUUUCUGCAGAAAUUUGAGAAGAAUUUCAUUGCACAAGGUCCAUAUGAUAAUAGGACCGUAUUUGAAACUUUGGAUAUUGGCUGGCAGUUGCUCCGAAUAUUCCCUAAGGAAAUGUUGAAACGUAUCCCUCAAAGUACACUGGCAGAGUUUUACCCAAGAGAUUCUGCUAAACAUCAGUGAAGUUCCAAAUUCAAGAUUGGAAGAUUUUUCUUUCAAACUUCGUAAGAGUACAUUUAGUACUGAGGCAUUCUAUACUUAACACACUCCAACAAUUGUUUAUAUAUAUCUUAUGUUUUUGUAUUGCAAAGAUAGAAAAAUAUACAGAUCAAAGUGUUGGAAUCCACAAAAUAUUAUUUCAAAAAAGUCUCUAUCUGUGAGCAUGCUAAGACUUGCAGAAAUUUGUUUACAGCAAUUGAAAUUAUUUGUUUACAUUCUCUACCAGUGUGUGGAAACAAAAUUAGAUUUAUGAUCUGUACCAUUGGAUAUGAGAUCAGUCAGUUUAACUGAUCAAACAUUCUCAUCUUAAAAGUAAAAAAAUAAACUGGAUAUUGAAGAAUUUAAUGUAACAGUUUGCAUCAGUUAACUAAGCUUAAUUUAUCUUAGUUCGGGAAUUACUAGGAUUUUCAGAAUUAGGAAAUGUCAAAUUCUAUUCUCGUACAACUUGGUACCAAGCACAUAGAAAGAAAUCAACAUCUGUGUUUAAAGUAUAUUUGCCUACAUAAGUUGUGCUUUUCAAAAAUAAUUAACUGUAUGGAAGAUAUUUUGAUAUAAGGUACUCUAUAAAUAUUUUUCUUGGUCAAUUAUGGAGAAAUGAAUUAAUUCAAGCAAAUAGACCUGCUUUAAUUAUGUCCAGCUUUUGCUUAUGUUCUAAACUUAAGAAAUUGGGUUGUUUUAACUUCUGUGUUUAUUGCUAUAAUAGGGUGAAAAAUAGAAAAUAAAAUAUGGUAUGGAGACGCAUUCCACUUGUUUACAAUUAUAAAACUAAGGAUAAUGGACUUUAAUCAAGAUUUUACUCUGCUAAUUUUGACCUUUGUGGGAAGAACAGUUAACAAUGAGUAUUAAUCCAAAUGUAACUUUUGAUCUGUGAACAUUAUACAAAAUAUUUCACUUGAGUUUUCGUUCCUUCUCACUAAAUGUUCUUUUCAAAACAUCUUUUACUCAUUGCCCAUUGUCAAACUACUGAUUAUUUCCACGUAAACUUCUCAUUUGGAAAUUUAUCUUGUAGAGGACUGAAUGUAUGUACGCUGCUAUUCUGUUCCAUAUAUUUGUGCAACUUAAAUUGACAUGAAAUAAAGUUAGAAAAGGAAAAGUUAGACUUAAAAUGCUUAUAAUCUCAUUGGAAAAUGUCAAACUUUGCUACAGUGCAAUACUUUUUGUAGUAGAUAACAUAUAAACCAGUGAACAGAUUUACUACUGUAGAACAAAACUUACUUCUGCACAUUGUGAUAUUCUGUUUUGGAAACUCAAAGUGGAUCUAAAUUUGCCUUUGCACUGUUGGUGUUUAAUGUACUGGUACUUUAAAUGCUGAAAAUAUACAUGUAAUCUGCAAA